UGGGCAGGAGCCGCCGCCGCCGCCGCAGGAUGAGGCGGGUCACGCUGUUCGUUAACGGCAGCCCCCGGAACGGGAAGGUGGUGGCUGUCUAUGGGACUCUCUCAGACCUGCUGUCUGUGGCUAGCAGCAAGCUGGGGAUCAAAGCAACCAGUGUGUACAAUGGGAAGGGAGGACUCAUUGAUGAUAUUGCUUUGAUUAGGGAUGAUGAUGUUCUGUUUGUGUGUGAAGGGGAACCAUUCAUUGAUCCCCAGACUGAUGGGAGACCCCAGGAGGAGCUGACGGGGUCCCACACGGACUGGCUGACCCUCAAUGUUGGAGGCCGAUACUUCACCACCACAAGGAGCACUUUGGUUAACAAGGAGCCUGAGAGCAUGCUGGCCCACAUGUUUAAAGAUAAAGAUGCAUGGGGAAAUAAGCAAGAUCCUAGAGGAGCAUUCCUCAUUGACCGCAGCCCUGAGUAUUUUGAGCCCAUUUUGAACUAUUUGCGGCACGGACAGCUCAUUGUAAAUGAUGGCAUUAAUUUGCUAGGAGUGCUGGAAGAAGCCAGGUUCUUUGGGAUCGAGUCCCUAAUUGAACAGCUAGAAAUAGCCAUUAAGAACUCCCAGCCAGCUGAGGACCAUUCCCCUAUAUCUCGCAAGGAGUUUGUCCGGUUCCUGCUGGCAACCCCGACCAAGUCUGAGCUGCGCUGCCAGGGACUCAAUUUCAGUGGAGCAGAUCUCUCACGCCUGGAUCUUCGCUACAUCAACUUCAAGAUGGCCAACCUGAGCCGCUGCAACCUGGCACAUGCCAACCUCUGCUGUGCCAACCUGGAGAGAGCUGACCUCUCUGGAUCAGUGCUUGAUUGUGCAAACCUGCAGGGGGUGAAGAUGCUGUGCUCCAAUGCUGAGGGAGCAUCUCUGAAAGGCUGCAAUUUUGAAGAUCCAUCAGGCCUGAAAGCUAACCUGGAAGGGGCUAACCUGAAAGGUGUUGACAUGGAAGGCAGCCAGAUGACAGGAAUCAACCUGCGAGUGGCCACCUUGAAAAAUGCCAAACUCAAGAACUGCAACCUCAGAGGAGCAACCUUGGCAGGAACUGAUUUGGAAAAUUGUGAUCUAUCAGGUUGUGAUCUACAAGAAGCUAACUUGAGGGGAUCCAAUGUGAAAGGAGCCAUCUUUGAAGAGAUGCUGACACCUCUGCACAUGUCUCAGAGCGUCAGAUAGGGCAGAGACUGAACCCCCCGUGAGGAAGCUUUGCCUUGUGCUCACCUGGAACCUCCUCUGCUCCAGCUUGCACCCAGUGCCCCUUGGCCUGUCCUUGGACAUCACUGAAGUGGCCUUGUGGCCUUGUCUUGAAACUGAGCUCCCCUGUGACCUUGUUGAUGUGGAAUAAAAUGCAGCUGCUGAAAGCUUGAAAGCCUCAGCUCACCUUCACCCCUGGGAAGGUGAUGGAGCAACUUCUCCUUGGUGCUUGGAUAAGAGGUGAUUAGGAGCAGCCAGCAUGGCUUUACCAGGGGCCAGUCAUGUUUGACCCAGCUGAGAGCCUUUGAUGAGGACAUCCCCAGGGGGACUGUGGAUGGCAGAGCAGUGGAUGUGGUUUAUUUAUCUCAGGAAAGCAUCUGACACCCACAGCAUCCUCCCAGCUGGACUGAAGCAGUGUGUGCUGGGUGAUGGGGGAGGGAGGUGGGAACUGAGGGAAGGGAAGAAAUCAGGGAGUUGUGGUCAGUGGGGCAGAGUCUGAUGGAGGCCUGUGUCCAGUGGAGUCCCUCAGGGUCAGUACUGGGACCAGAGUCUAUUCCUAAAUGACCUGGGUGAGGGCACAGAGGGCACUGCCAGCAAGUUUGCUGAUGGCACCAAACUGGGAGCAGUGGUGACAGCCCUCAGGCUGUGCUGCCAUCCAGUGAGAGCUGGACAGGCUGCAGAGCUUUGUGGGGAGAAAGUGAAUGAACUCAAACAAGGGCAAGGGUAGGAGGAGGGCCAGAAGAGUUUCAUGGAGCCUGCAGUGUGCCCUUGUGGCCAAGAAGGCCAAGAGCAUCCUGGGGUGCAUUUGAAGGGCUGUGGUGAGUAGGUCUGGAGAGGUUCUCCUGCCCCUUUGGCACAUCUGGAAUGUUGUGUCUGGUUCUGGGUUCCUCAGCUCGAGAAGGACCUCAGGGAACUGCUUGAGGGAGUCCAGCACAGAGUCCCAGAGCUGCUGCAGGCAGUGGAACAUCUG